GCACGGGUGUUCUGGCGUGUGGCUACAAGGAAACCGUGCCUGCCGCCGGGGAGCCAGGCCAAGUCCCUUCCCAGAGUGCGGCCGUGCGCUGCCCGGCGCCAUGCUUCUGUUGGGCGUCUUAGCGCUGGCUCUCAUCGGGCGACCUGCUGGCAGCUCCGAACCAGAGUGGGAGGUGGUGGUUCCCAUCCGACUGGACCCGGACAUCAACGGCCGCCACUACUACCGCCGGGGUCCCGAGGACUCCGGAGAUCAGGGACUCAUUUUCCAGAUCACAGCGUUUCAGGAGGACUUUUACCUACACCUGACGCCGGAUGCCCAGUUCCUAGCUCCCGCCUUCGCCACCGAGUAUCUGGGGGUCCCCCUCCAGAGGCUCACCGGCAGCUCUCUGGAUCUGCGGCGCUGUUUCUACUCGGGCGACGUGAACGCGGAGCCGGACUCGUUUGCAGCCGUGAGCCUGUGCGGGGGUCUCCACGGAGCCUUCGGCUAUCGGGGCGCAGAGUAUGUCAUUAGCCCGCUGCCCAACGCCAGCGCGCAGGCGGCGCAGCGCAACCGCCAGGGCGCACACCUUCUCCGGCGCAGGAGCGCCCCUGGCGGCCCUUCCGGAGACCCCACCUCUCGCUGCGGGGUGGCUUCAGGCUGGAACCCCUCUAUCCUGCGAGCCCUGGAUCCAUACAAGCCAGGGAGGACGGGUUUGGGGGAGAGUCACAGCCGGCGCAGGGCCGGACGCGCCAAACGCUUCGUGUCAAUCCCACGGUAUGUGGAGACGUUGGUGGUAGCCGACGAGUCCAUGGUCAAGUUCCACGGGGCGGACUUGGAACACUAUCUGCUGACUCUGCUGGCCACGGCAGCUCGACUCUACCGCCAUCCCAGCAUCCUCAACCCCAUCAACAUCGUGGUGGUCAAGGUGCUGCUUCUGGGGGACCGUGAUUCUGGGCCUAAGGUCACGGGCAACGCGGCCAUGACUCUACGCAACUUCUGCGCCUGGCAAAAGAAGCUGAACAAAGUGAGCGACAAGCACCCCGAGUACUGGGACACCGCCAUUCUCUUCACCAGGCAGGAUCUGUGUGGGGCUACCACUUGUGAUACUCUGGGCAUGGCCGAUGUGGGUACCAUGUGUGAUCCCAAGCGAAGUUGCUCUGUCAUUGAGGAUGAUGGGCUCCCAUCAGCCUUCACCACUGCCCAUGAGCUGGGUCAUGUAUUCAAUAUGCCCCAUGACAAUGUGAAAGUGUGUGAGGAGGUGUUUGGAAAGCUCCGAGCUAACCACAUGAUGUCCCCGACCCUCAUCCAGAUUGACCGAGCCAACCCCUGGUCAGCCUGCAGUGCUGCCAUCAUCACCGACUUUCUAGACAGUGGGCAUGGUGACUGCCUUCUGGACCAGCCCAGCAAGCCCAUCUCCUUACCCGAGGACCUGCCGGGCAACAGCUACACCUUGAGCCAGCAAUGUGAACUAGCCUUUGGUGUGGGCUCAAAACCCUGCCCAUACAUGCAGUACUGCACAAAGCUGUGGUGCACUGGCAAGGCCAAAGGACAGAUGGUGUGCCAGACUCGCCACUUCCCCUGGGCAGAUGGUACCAGAUGUGGUGAGGGCAAGUUCUGUCUCAAAGGGGCCUGUGUGGAGAGACACAAUCUUAACAAGUACCGGGUGGAUGGUUCAUGGGCCAAGUGGGAGCCCUAUGGUUCUUGUUCUCGUACCUGUGGUGGAGGUGUUCAGCUGGCUAGGAGACAGUGCAGCAACCCCACCCCUGCCAAUGGGGGCAAAUAUUGUGAAGGAGUGAGAGUCAAGUACCGGUCUUGCAACCUGGAGCCCUGUCCUAACUCAGCCUCUGGCAAGAGCUUCCGGGAGGAGCAAUGUGAGGCUUUCAAUGGCUAUAAUCACAGCACCAACCGCCUCACCCUGGCUGUGGCAUGGGUACCCAAGUAUUCAGGUGUAUCUCCCCGGGACAAGUGCAAGCUCAUCUGUCGAGCCAAUGGCACUGGCUAUUUCUACGUGCUAGCACCCAAGGUGGUGGAUGGUACGUUGUGCACUCCUGACUCCACCUCAGUGUGCGUCCAAGGCAAAUGCAUCAAAGCUGGCUGUGAUGGAAACCUAGGCUCUAAGAAGAAGUUUGACAAAUGUGGGGUGUGUGGUGGAGACAAUAAAAGCUGCAAGAGGGUGACAGGUCUCUUUACCAAGCCCAUGCAUGGCUACAAUUUCGUGGUGUCCAUCCCUGCAGGAGCCUCGAGCAUAGAUAUUCGCCAGCGGGGCUACAAGGGACUUAUUGGGGAUGACAAUUACCUGGCCCUGAAGAACAGCCAAGGCAAGUACCUGCUCAAUGGGCACUUUGUGGUGUCGGCGGUGGAGCGGGACCUGGUGGUGAAGGGCAGCCUGCUUCGGUACAGUGGCACGGGCACAGCAGUGGAGAGCCUCCAGGCUUCGCGGCCCAUCCUGGAGCCGCUGACGGUGGAGGUCCUCUCCGUAGGCAAGAUGACACCACCCCGUGUCCGCUACUCCUUCUAUCUGCCCAAAGAGCCCCGGGAGGACAAGUCCUCCCACCCCAAGGACCCUCGGGGACCCUCCGUGCUGCACAACAGUGUCCUCAGCCUCUCCAAUCAAGUGGAGCAGUCAGACGAAAGGGUCCACACUCGCUGGGUGGCAGGCAGCUGGGGGCCUUGCUCAGCAAGCUGUGGCAGUGGCCUGCAGAAACGAUCAGUGGACUGUCGGGGUUCCCCAGGACAGCUCGGGGCCUCUGCCUGUGAUACAGCCCAUCGGCCAGUGGAGACACGAGCCUGCGGGGAACCCUGCCCAACCUGGGAGCUUGGGACCUGGUCACCCUGCUCCAAGAGCUGUGGUCGGGGAUUUAAGAGACGUCCGCUCAAGUGUGUGGGCCAUGGAGGCCGGUUAAUGGCCAGGGACCAGUGCAAUCUACGCCGCAAGCCCCAGGAACUGGACUUCUGCAUCUUACGGCCCUGCUGAGUGGGAUUGUCCUUUUCUUCCCCUCAUUCUCUGGCCGGCUGAUAUGCUGGUGUUCUGGCCAGCUGGAGCAGAGGACUAUAGGCAUGGGCCUAUGCCAUGAUGCCACUCACCUCCAGGACAAGGGCCAUGGGUUGGGGAGAGAGGUUCCCUUCUCCCUGGACUGGGCAGGGGGAAG